CCAAGAGACAAUCUCUUUGUGAAUACUCCCCACAAACACAUACUCUAAAACGCAAUAGUUAAAAAACUAUUCCAAAAUGUCCAGUCAACUCUUCUCUGAAUGGUCAGCCAUCGCUGACGCCAUUGCUGAUGUCAGAUCCGAUCAAACACCAACUAAUUGGAUGGUUUGUGGUUAUGUUGAUGGAGCUGUCAAGGUUUUGGAACUUAAAGCCAAAGGUGAAGGUGGUGUUGAUGAAAUGAAAGAACAAUUCAAAGCAACCAAUGCCUAUUAUGGUUUGGCUCGUAUUGAAGAAAUGAUUGAUUCCUCAUUGACCAUUAAAUUUGCCUUUGUUAAAUUUGUUGGUGAUGAUUUAAAGCCACUCCUUCGUGCUGGUAUUACACCUCAAGUUGGUGAUAUUACUACCAAAUUCAAGCCAUAUCACGUUGAUAUGUACAUUACCUCACAAGAUGAAAUUUCACAACAUGUUAUUGAAGAAUUGGUUGGUAAGGCAUCAAUGAGUCGUUCCAAUGUUAUGGAAAAACACGAAGGUGAAAAGAUUCAAAGAGAUAAUGAAGAAAGACAACGUAGAUUGGAUUCCCACGUCAAGUUACAACAACAAUCAUCAUCUUCAUCAACAGUUGGUACAAGCUCACCAACUACAAGCACUGCCACAUCAUCCCCUGUUCGUUCUGCCUCCACUACAACUAGACCAGUGAGUAGCAGUCCAAGACCAAGUACUCCUCUCUCAAGUGGUGGAGGUGUUUCUGGUGGUGUUGAAUUUGAUAAUAUUGAUUCCAUUCAAGAAGCAAUUAGAUCUGUCAGAAAUGAUGGAGAUGCUACCAAUUGGAUGUCUAUUACUUAUGCACCAAAUUCAAAGACUAAACUUACCUUGUUAGGAAAGGGUGAAGGUGGUGUUGAUGAAAUGAAGGAUUCUUGGGGACCAACUGGUGUCUAUUUCGGAUUGGUUCGUGUCACUGAAAUUAUUGAUGAUUCUGAAACUGUUAAAUUCGUCUUUGUUCACAUGUUGGGUGAUAAUGUUCAUCCAAUGUUGAAGGGACGUGUCUCCACUCACAAGGGUCAAGUUGAAGCUUUAUUACAACCUUAUCACACUACCUUUUUCACAACCAAUAAGGAUGAAAUCUCACAAGAAGAACUCUCCAUCUUGGUUGCUAAGGCAUCUCAAUCCUACAAGUGGGAAAUUAAAAAGUAAACAUCAUCUCAAUAUGUGUUUUAUUAUUUU